AUGGCACGCCGAUUCCUCGCCGCGCUUGCUCUCGCGCAUAGCGCCGCUGCUUUAAUGGAAGGUUUUGUCGAUGUCUUGGUCCAAGUAGACGAGGUUCGGGUCCCCGCGGAUCUUGUUGCGGGUAUAAUGCAGGCGGCCGGGAGCGACGAUGGCUACGAGGCCUGCGAAACCGCCGACGCCGCGAUCAGCUACUGCUACGAUGCCGGCUAUCUCGAUCCCACGGCCCCGGCCGUCCUCGGGAACGCCUGUUUAUGUUGCGACGGUGCCACUGGUAUUUCCGCUGUAUACUCGAGCUGCGCCUCCUACGCCUUGAACGAGGUACCCGAUGCCACCAGCGUCUACCAAGCCGUCUCUCAAAUCUACAGUAUUUGCGCAAACAGGGUUGUCUGCGGCGCUACGGCAACUUCGCGCCGAGCACCGACACGCACGGUGUCGGAUGGGAGCUCCAUAACCGUUCCUCCAGUAUGCUCAUCGAUGCUCGAUAUCUACAGCUCUUGCUCCGAAAACCUGGAUGUCCAAACUGCUGGGCCCGAGGAUGCCGCCUCCUGCUUCUGGACUAUGCGAGCUCUUGCGCCCCCUGGGCUCGAAGUUCAUUCCCUAGGGAUUAUUCUACCAACUCGCGACAUAUUGCGACGCAUAUUUAUCUCCCAGCACUGA